AUGAGACAAUGGCAUUGGGUAGAAUUGUUCAAUGACUAUGAGUGUGAUAUCCAUUAUCACCCCGGCAAAGCCAACGUUGUCGCAGAUGCCCUUAGUAGGAAGGAACGAGAAAAGCCUUUAGAUGUUCGUGCAUUGCGAUUAACCAUUCAGAUGAGUUUGACUUCUCAGAUUUGCAAGGCACAACGAGAAGUUUUAAGAGAAGAGAAUUUGAGAGGAGAACGUUUGAGGGGAUUGGAGUGUGAAUUGAUACCGAAUGCAGAUGGAGUGAUGUACUUUAUAAAUCAGAUUUGGGUUCCAUUGAGAGGAAACCUACGUGAGCUGGUAAUGAAUGAAGCUCGGAAAUCCAGUUACCACGCUAGUAUCAAAGUCGCCCCGUUCGAAGCUCUUUACGGUAGGAAGUAUCGUUCGCCCCUCCGUUGGGCAGAAGUUGGUGAAAGGCAAUUAACCGGCCCCGAACUUAUUCAGGAAACCACCGACAAGGUUGCCUUGAUCAUGGGAAGGUUGAAAGUUGUCGCUAAUCAACAAAAGAGCUAUGCGGAUAAUCGGAGGAAGUCGUUACAGUUUCAAGUCGGAGAUCGUGUAUUGCUAAAGGUGUCACCCUGGAAGGGUGUAAUUAGGUUUGGGAAGGGGAGAAAGCUGAGUCCGCGCUACAUAGGUCCUUUUGAAAUCCUAUCUCGAGUUGGACCGAUCGCUUAUAGACUCGAGCUGCCUCAGGAGUUGGACGGAGUACAUGAUGUGUUUCAGGUUUCCAAUCUGAAGAAGUGUUUAUCUGAUGAAACACUGAUCAUACCCCCUAAUGAGGUUCAAAUAGACAAUAAACUUAGAUUUAUUGAAGAACGGGUUGAAGUAUUGGAUGAGAAGAUCCAGAAACUUAGGAGGAGUUGA